GUGGUGGUGCUCGCGGUAGACUAUAAGGCUCAUGUGAUCUGUCACAUGACAGCGGAUCUCCAGAAAGGCAGAAUGAGACUCCGAACCUGCCUCGUCGGGCUCCUUGCCCUCUUCGUCGCUGGCCAAUGCAGUUAUAGCCCCGAGCCGGACCAGCAGCGGACGUUGCCCCCAGGCUGGGUGUCCCUGGGCCGUGUAGACUACGAGGAAGAGCUGAGUCUCACCUUUGCCCUGAGACAGCAGAACGUGGAAACGUUGUCCGAGCUGGUGCAGGCUGUGUCGGAUCCUGGCUCUGCUCGUUAUGGAAAAUACCUGACCCUAGAGGAUGUGGCUGAACUGGUCCGGCCAUCACCACUGACCUUCCGCACAGUCCAAAAAUGGCUCUUGGCAGCUGGAGCCCGGAACUGCCACUCAGUGACCACACAGGACUUUCUGACUUGCUGGCUGAGUGUCCGACAGGCAGAACUGCUGCUCCCUGGGGCUGAGUUUCAUCGCUAUGUGGGGGGACCUGCAGAGAUCCAUGUUAUAAGGUCCCCACGUCCAUACCACCUGCCGAAGGCCUUGGCUCCUCAUGUGGACUUUGUGGGCGGGCUGCACCGCUUUCCCCCCACAUCAUCCCUGAGGCAACGCCCAGAGCCACAGGUGUCAGGGACUGUUGGCCUGCACCUGGGGGUGACCCCAUCCGUGAUCCGUCAGCGAUACAACUUGACAGCACAAGACGUGGGCUCUGGCACAACCAACAACAGCCAAGCCUGUGCCCAGUUCCUGGAGCAGUAUUUCCAUGACUCGGACCUGGCUGAGUUCAUGCGCCUCUUCGGUGGGAAAUUUGCACACCAGGCAUCAGUAGCCCGUGUGGUUGGACAGCAGGGCUGGGGCCGGGCUGGGAUCGAGGCCAGUCUAGACGUGGAGUACUUGAUGAGUGCCGGCGCCAACAUCUCCACCUGGGUCUACAGUAGCCCUGGCCGACAUGAGUCACAGGAGCCCUUCCUGCAGUGGCUCCUGCUGCUGAGUAAUGAGUCAGCCCUGCCGCACGUGCACACCGUGAGCUAUGGGGAUGACGAGGACUCCCUCAGCAGCGCCUACACCCAGCGGGUCAACACGGAGCUCAUGAAGGCGGCCGCUCGGGGUCUUACCCUGCUCUUUGCCUCAGGUGACAGUGGGGCUGGGUGUUGGUCUGUCUCUGGAAGACACCAGUUCCGUCCCAGUUUCCCUGCCUCCAGCCCCUAUGUCACCACAGUGGGAGGCACAUCCUUCCAGAAUCCAUUCCGAGUCACAAAUGAGAUCGUUGACUACAUCAGUGGUGGUGGCUUCAGCAAUGUGUUCCCACAGCCUUCAUACCAGGAGGAAGCUGUAGCCCAGUUCCUGAGCUCCAGUCCCCACUUACCACCAUCCAGUUAUUUCAAUGCCAGUGGCCGUGCCUAUCCAGAUGUGGCUGCACUCUCCGAUGGCUACUGGGUGGUCAGCAACAGCGUGCCCAUUCCAUGGGUGUCUGGCACCUCGGCCUCUACUCCAGUAUUUGGUGGGGUCCUGUCCCUGAUAAAUGAACAUAGAAUCCUCAGUGGCCGCCCCCCUCUUGGCUUUCUCAACCCAAGGCUCUACCAGCAGCGUGGAGCAGGACUGUUUGAUGUAACCCAUGGCUGCCAUGAGUCCUGUCUGAAUGAAGAGGUGCAGGGUCAGGGUUUCUGCUCUGGCCCUGGCUGGGAUCCUGUGACAGGCUGGGGAACACCCAACUUCCCAGCUCUGCUGAAGACACUAAUCAACCCGUGACCCUUUCCUGCUGGAGAGUGAACCUAUCCCCUGCCCCAUAGCUGGUGGCUUGGUCCCUUAUUCUGCCCUGUUGGAAGCCCUGCUGAACCCUCAACCAUAGACUGCUUCAGACAGCUUAUCUCCCUAACUCUGAAAUUCUGUGAGCUUGACUUGACUCCCAACCCUACGCUGCUCCAUCAUGCUCAGGUCUCCCUACUCCUGCCUCAUGUUUCUCUAUAGAUGCUAUAACUAGUAUUGUUUGGGACCCCCCCGAGCCCCCCUAUUUUUUUAAAAAAAUAUUUAUUUAUUUGACAGAGACAGAGAUAGCGAGAGCAGGAACACA